UCGUUGUUUUAUUUAUUGUUAAUUAAUAGGUUCUACCAAUGCUAAAGUAAAGCGAGGUGAAAAUGUAAAGUCACGUUUAUAGAGAAAAUGUCGAGUCCCACUAAAAGCAAAGCUGAACUAAAGGAUAAAGGGAGUCCUCACUUUCCUAAAGAAUCGACGGAUGAUUCGUUGAUUAUUUCCCCACAUGCAGAUAUUUUGUCUGAUGGGGAAGCAAGGGAUGUUUUCAAAGGGAAGGUUUUAAUCGACCGCUUAUUGGUCUAUUAUGGAAAAUUUGAAGGAUCCCGCCAUAGAGCAGCGAGGUACGCUCAAAAACUGCUCGACUUGGGACAUAUUGAAAGUUUGACAAACGGGAGGCAGUUCGAAGAUUCGGUUCAUGUUUAUCGAUGGACUGAUGUGGCAAGAGUUGUGAAUCAAGCAAAGAAUAAGUCGAUGGUGGAAGGCGUACAACAUCAGGCACCAAAAGUUCCCCAACGUCGUCGCAUGAAAGAUGCCGGUGGAGCAGAUGGCGGUAAAGCGGUUUUGAAAAUCUGUAUCGAAACUGAAAAUUGUCAAGGAGCAGAAAUUCAGGCAAGAAUCAGAGCUUCGCCUCGUAACGAGUCAAACUACAUGACGGAUGUGUUGACGUCAACCAAAACAUUAACAGCCGCCACCGAGGAUUCGUUUUUUGGCGGGAAAGUGAUGAAAAGUCUUAGCUACGUGACGGAAAACGAGGAACGACAAAGGUCUUGUCUGAAGACACCUGUUAUAACAGAAGUAACAACAGAAGAAAUUAAGACGCCAUCAAGUAAAAGUAAAAAUGAAAACAAACACGAAGAACAAACACACUGCAUGGAAAGUCCUCGAAAACGCGUUGCGGCCGCGAAGAAAACGUCACCAAAAUAUGACGACAGUAAUUACGUGGAUCACAAGAAUUUAAAGGGAGUCCACUUAGGUUCUACUAAGCAGAGUUUAAGCUAUUCCAAGGAGAGUCAGGUAAAUAGUUCCACAACGAAGAGUGGGAGCGUUGGCCCUCAGCGGUUCAAGAACGCCACUAAUCCAACUGCUGUGGCGCAUUCACCUGGACCAGGUGUGGCGAACGAAGUACCUCCAGUAGCAAAAGGGAGGUCUAAUAUUGAGAAGAAUAAGAUUUGUGACGAACAAUUAACCCAAGACUCUUCACAAAAAUCGCAAGUGCGAACCACGCCCCAUGUCCCGCGGCCGAAUAUGAACAACCCAACCAACAAUGCUAAACACUUCGAUGUAAAAGAAGCUGACUCAUCACCGUCCAAUACAACAGCAACACAAACCUCCGAGAAAAGCAUCCUUAAUGCGUCUAUGUUGUACAAUGGGACGCCAGAAAAUUCAAACGGUAAAACCUCACCGGGCAAUGAACCAAUGCAAAGAUUUGAGAAGCAAUUGGACUCGGCCUCCUACAAUAACGACUCAUUUAUCGAACACAGAUCUGCUGAAAGAACAAAGAAACGGACUCGAUUUAUCGACGAUAGAGUAUAUAUUCUUGAAGAAACAUCGUUGGUAAACGGGCACGAUCACCGCAACCUGACCGACCUAACCCAGGAAAGCACUGGCGUUUCACUUUUUUCAUCGAAUUCACUCAUCAACGACGAUAAGUUAUACGAGAAUGAUUACAUCCCGUUAAGCCCCCCACCCCCUUCACCCAUGCCCCCUAUGUCCCCCCUACCCACCAAGUUUGACGAAGGCUCGAACAUGAAAUCGUUGUUCUGGAAUAAGAUCACUUGCCAGGAAAACCACGAAGUGAAAACUAAAUUGUUCUGGAAAGAAGUCGAGGGAGAUAUUAUGUUCGAUGAAGACGAAUUUGAAAAGUUGUUCCAAAAGCCGCUGCCUUCGCCUCAGCACUCCAGCAGAUCGAAAGGAGGCGACACUUCGAGAUCCGAUGAUAAAAACCGAACAUUGAAAGUUCUUGCCAUGGAACGAUCACGCCAGGUUGGCAUCAGAGCGAACUCUGUGCGACUUCCAAUCGAAGAGAUUCAUGACGCAAUUGUGACGAUGGACGACACUAAGCUGGAUGCCGAUGCACUCCAAGCCUUAUACGACGUAAGACCUUCACCAGAAGAAUUAGACGACAUUGCUGAUGCUUUGAAAAGACGACCCAACGCCAUCUUAGAUAAACCCGAACAGUUCGUAAUGAUGUUGGCUAUGAUUCCUAGCUUAAAUGAAAGGCUGCAGUGCUGGAUAUUUGCCAAGAGAUUCCCCGAUCGUAUGGUCGACGUCCACGAGCAGCUGACAGCUUGGCAUGAUGCGUGUUCACAAAUCAUGCAAAGCGACACCUUAAAAAAGACGUUUGAAAUAAUAUUAAUGUUGGGAAACAAAAUGAACCGAGGAACGCAAAGAGGAAACGCUGAUGGUUACCAUCUUGAAAUACUUCCGAAGCUAAAGGACGUCAAGUCACAGGAUGGUGGAAUGACAUUGCUACAAUACGUUGUGAAAAUUACAAGGGAACAAUUGAAACUGGAGGGCAAACUAGAAGAUUCGGUUCUUCUUACCCCUCGAUGUGAGGAUCCCAUUGGUAUCCCUGAUCAGAUGACGCUCACAAGAGCUACUACGUCAUCGCUCCCAGAUCUGGCUGAUAUUUUAGAAGAAACCGCCGUCACGUUGGAGGAAUGCAAGAACCGCCUUCUGCCAUCGAUCGAGAAAGAAAGCACAACCGAAGAAGAACUUUCUGUGUUUAAAGAUAAACUGGAAGCAUUUUUAGAACAAGCUACUGAGAAAAUGCGAGAACAAGCAAAGUUUUACCAAGCAACUGUGACUGUUGCCGAAAAAUUCCAUAAAUAUUUCGUGCCCGUAUCUGCAACACAGGAAAUGGAAUCAUGCGCAGUUAUGCUUAAAUCCAUCCACGAAUUUUGUGAAGAUUAUCGCAGUGUGUGGAUGUAUGAGGAACGUAUAAGAGCGAAGGAGGAAUUUUACCGCGUUGAACGGGGAAGGAGGGAGAGAAAGUCCGCUAUCGUCAUCAGAAGCACUCCAUCCGCUCUUAAGGAAAAGUUUAUGGAGAGGAGGAAGAAGGAUCGGGGGUCUGAGAAAGAAGCUGAACUUUUACGUACGAAUAAACCAAAGAAAGUGGUUUCGAUCUCCAUCCCUGGGGAAGAAGAGCCUUCGUCCGAAGUCCGGAGUUCGCCGUCUCGUUCCUCUGAAAAGACAAAUGGAGUCAUCCCGAAGAGGGUGUAUAAGUUUGAAGAUAGAGGGGAAUGUGGGACGCCAGGGAUAAGUAGAGAAGUUUCAUUCACGAAAGCGAACGAAAACUCGACGAAAAUUGAGCGUCGAAUGCAGGAAUUGAAUUCAAAGAGACAACCAAUAAAGACGGAUACGUCAUCGUCCAUACUGAAACAAAACAUGAUUGAAAAACGACAGAAAUUGCUCAAGGCUAAGACAUGUUAAUAAUUAAGCUGGUCGCUUGUUUCACAAAUUAUUCCAACCGCACAUGGCUUUACUUUUUUAUUAAAAUAGUUAAAGUUUCAAUUUCCUAUUAAGUAUAGGGUGGGGGUAAAAAGUAACCUUUCUCAAAGAAUUAUAAAAUCGCAUUCUUACGACUCCCAGAGACCGUUGUAAAUUGUUUGAAACACCAUCAGGAUAUUCGGAUGUUUUGUGCUAUAUAAGUGUCCUGUCUUCUCCCACCCUACUAUACAUUCCUUAGAUUUUAACAAUAUUGACUAUAUUACGUAGACCGUAGUGCCAAAUGGGAUGAAUUGUAAAUACGAUAUACACAACACACAGCA